AUGGCCAGCAUUGCAUCUCUCAAGCGCAUCUCCGCCAAGGACCUCUCUGAGAGGAUUCUCGCCGAGCGAGAUGCUGCGGAGCCGACCUAUGCCAUUGUGGAUGUGCGCGAUGACGAUUACAUUGGCGGUCACAUCAGGGGAGGCAUCCACGCUGCCAGCGCGCAGCUCGACGUCAUGAUGCCCACGCUGCUGCGCCGUCUGCAGGACAAGAAGACGGUAGUCUUUCACUGCGCCCUGAGCCAGCAGAGAGGACCGAGUGCUGCGCUGCGCUACCUGCGGGAGCGUGUAGCGGCGGCAGACAGCGAGACGCCGGGCGAGACCGAUCAAGAGGUGCUGGUGCUGGAUAGAGGCUUUGAGGGAUGGCAGCAAGAGUAUGGGACGGACGAGAGACUUACCGAGGGCUACCGCAAGGAGCUUUGGGAGAAUUACUAG